AUGCAUUCAUUCAAAUCUAUUGACUGCGUCACAAAUGAAGAUGAAGCCACCAACUAUCCAAUUGAAUUUUUAAACUCUUUGGACGUGCCUGGCUUACCACCGCACAAUUUACGCCUAAAGGUUGGCUCCGUAGUAAUCAUGCUUCGAAACAUAAACCAACCAAAACUGUGCAACGGUACGCGUUUGGUGGUUAGAAAAUUGAUGAACAAUGUAAUUUACGCUACGAUAAUGAUAGGAAAAUUAAAAGGUGAGGAAGUUCUCAUUCCGAGGAUACCGAUGAUCCCAACCGAUAUGCCGUUUGAAUUUAAAAGACUUCAAUUUCCGAUACGUCUUACAUUUGCCAUGACCAUCUGUUGA